AUGUUUUUCUCAGCAAUACGUAACAACCUAAAAAGUUCACAAAAUGCAGCAAAAUACACGGCUAUUACUGCUCAAUUACGGCAUCUGCGAGGACAGAGGAGUCAACAAGUCGAAGUAGGACUUAUUACGCCCACAGAUGUAACCACCAACCAACAUGACACAGCUGCAGAGCCUACUCGCGAAAGUUCGAAGGAGGUGGCUCUCGAUUUUGGGAAACGGGAGGCCCAUGUGCCCUCCUUUAAUCUGGCGGCUUAUGUCAAUAACUCCAGUACCCUGAAAAAGUUUAUUGACCUUGGAGUGGAUCUGCACAGCAUAGAAAAGCGUAAAGGUCUGGGUCAGUUUGUUCUUGGCCUGGAUUUUGAAAAGAAUGUCAAGCCACACAUUUCCUUCCUGGUGGAUCAGGGAGUUUCACCCGACAACUUUGGCAGGAUGUUUACCAAAAAUCCACUAUUGUUCAAGGAGGAUCUGGACGAUUUAAAAACCCGCGUGGAAUACCUGAAGAGCAAGAGGUUCUCAGAUGAAGCCAGAGCCAGAAUUCUCACUCAGAAUCCGUAUUGGCUGAUGUUCUCCACCAGGCGAGUUGACCGCCGCUUAGGAUAUUUCCAAAAAGAGUUCCGGUUGAGUGGUCACGAUCUUCGUUUGCUGGCCACCAAAGAACCUAAUGUUAUUACCUACAACAUGGAACAUCUGAGGAAAUCGGUGUUUACCUUGAGGGAAGAAAUGGGCUUCAGUCCCAAGGAAUUAAGUGCUUUAAUCGUUCGCCGACCGCGACUGAUGAUGACUCCUCCCGAUGAUCUUAUUGAACGGUUCAGCUACAUCCACCAGGACAUGGGCCUUUCCCACGCGCAGAUUGUCCAGUGUCCUGAGCUCCUGGCAUCGCGGGAAUUCCGGCUACGAGAACGCCACGAGUUUCUCAAGUUACUGGGCCGCGCUCAGUACAAUCCGCAAGAGGAUCUUUAUAUAUCGCCCAAAACCAUAGUAGAAGGAAAUAACUUUUAUUUUGUGCGAAAUGUGGCUAAAAGUGAUUUGGAAACGUUCGAAUUGUUUUUAAAAACGAGAUGAAAAUAAAUUUAAAAUUUUGUUUAAAAAACG